CGGAAGGUCGUGCGGCUCCAUGGCAAUAACGCAAUUUCUUUGCAAUGUGCCUUUAACUCGGCUCCUCCAGGCAAUCACUUUGUUUUCUCUCUCUUCCUCCUUCCGCAGCUCCUCUCCUUCCUCAUAGUUAUAACGAGCAGGCUGAGGUCAACAGGGAGCCUGUCUCUUUCUCCAUUGUACGGGCUCAAGUGCUACAACUCGAGCACUUCGUUCUGUACUCUGCUCGAGCAGUAACGCCGUCAUCAUGAGAUCUUCAGAGAUCUAUCCGGCACCCCCCACGGUGGCCGACCAGGAGCUGUGGGAAGAGAAGGAAGUGUCGACUGAACAGAGCUCUCUCGAAGUCGGAGAGAACAAAGACCUCGCUCUUCAGCAGACACAAGAUGCCUUUGGGAAUGAAGAGUUCGCGGAGGUCAAGUACAAGGUCCUCAAGUGGUGGCAAUGCGGCCUGCUCAUGGUGGCUGAAACAGUCUCCCUGGGGGUGCUGUCCUUGCCUGCUGCCGUUGCCGGCUUGGGUUUAGUCCCCUCGGUGAUUAUCCUGGUCUGCCUGGGUGGCCUGGCCACCUACACGGGCUAUGUGAUCGGCCAGUUCAAGUGGAGGUAUCCGCACGUUUGCAACAUGGCUGAUGCGGGUGAGGUGCUUGCUGGCCGCUUUGGCCGUGAGCUGUUGGGAUUUGCCCAGAUCAUCUUCCUCAUUUUCAUCAUGGCCAGCCACCUGCUAACCUUCACGAUUGCCAUGAAUGCCUUGACUGACCAUGGCACGUGCUCCAUCGUCUUUGGAGUGGUGGGCCUGGUUGUCUCUUUCGCGUGCUCGUUGCCGCGCACUCUGGAAAAGAUGUCCUGGCUCUCGUUAAUUUCUUUCAUUAGCAUCUUGUCAUCUGUGUUCAUCACAAUGAUCGGGGUGGGUAUCUCACACCCUGGGAAGGUAAUUGAAGCAACGGUCAGAACCGACCUAAUCCACGGCUUCACCGCGGUGGCCAAUAUCGUCUUUGCAUUUUCUGGACAUGCUGCAUUCUUUAGCCUUGCAGCGGAAUUGAAAAAUCCAGCCGACUAUCCCAAAGCCUUGAUGCUGUUGCAGAGCGUCGAUAUGACCCUCUAUCUCGUUGCAGCCGUCGUCAUCUACUGCUAUGGGGGAUCCACAGUUACUUCUCCCGCACUGGGUUCCGCCAGCACGGUUGUGUCCAAAGUUGCUUAUGGCAUUGCGCUUCCGACAAUCAUCAUCGCCGGCGUUAUCAACGGACAUGUGUCUGCCAAGUCCGUCUAUGUGCGUAUCUUCCGUGGCACUGACCACAUGCAUAAGCGCACCUGGACUGCCGUGGGCUCUUGGACCGCAAUUGUCCUAACACUGUGGGUGCUCGCCUGGAUCAUUGCGGAAGCGAUUCCAGUGUUCAAUAAAUUGCUGAGCUUGGUUACUGCGCUCUUCGCCAGUUGGUUCACUUUCGGUUUGAGCGCGAUCUUCUGGUUCUACAUGAACUCUGGCCGAUGGUUCUCGUCUCCGAAGAAAUUCGCCCUUUCUGCUGUCAACUUGCUUGCUCUGGCAGUUGGAUGUUGUCUGUGCGGUCUCGGGCUCUAUGUCUCCGGAAAGGCCAUCCACGACGAUCCCCACCAUGCCAGUUUCACCUGCAUGAGUACUGUCUAAUGUGUGAUGAGGUUAUGUCAAUUGUCUGUUUGCUCGCGAUAGACUGGGAAUAUGGCGUUUGAGGGUCGACCUUGGUUACGAUCGUUAUGAUGUCCUGGUAUGAACAAGAUGGAG